AUGGAUCUGCAGAACUAUACCUUCGUGUCAGAAUUCGUGUUGCAAGGACUCUGCACUUCACGGCAUCUUCAAAAGUUUUUCUUUAUACUCUUCUCUGGGCUCUAUGUGGUCAUUGUCAUGGGUAACACCAUCAUUGUAGCCACUGUAGUUUCUAACUCCCGCCUCCACUCUUCUCCUAUGUACUUUCUCCUGGGGAAUCUGUCCUUUUUGGACAUAUGGUUGGCCUCUUUUGCCACUCCGAAGAUGAUAAGGGAUUUUCUUAGUGAUCGGAAACUCAUCUCUUUUGGGGGAUGUAUGUCUCAGAUCUUUUUCUUACAUUUUGUUGGUGGGGCUGAGAUGGUGCUUCUGGUAUCCAUGGCCUAUGACAGAUAUGUAGCUAUAUGCAAACCCUUGCAUUAUAUGACCGUGAUGAGCCGGAAUAAGUGCAUUGAGCUGGUGAUGCUAUCGUGGACCAUUGGAUUUGUGCAUUCCAUCAGUCAGGUAGCCUUUACUGUGAAUUUACCUUACUGUGGACCCAAUGAAAUCAGUAGCUUCUUCUGUGACGUUCCCCUUGUGAUCAAGCUUGCCUGCAUGGACACCUACAUCUUAGGGAUACUUAUGAUCUCAGACAGUGGGUUGCUUUCCCUGAGCUGUUUUCUGCUUCUCCUGAUCUCCUACACAGUUAUUCUCAUCAAUGUACGACAGCGUGCUACUGGUGGUGCAUCCAAGGCACUCUCUACUUGCUCUGCACAUAUUAUGGUGGUAACGCUCUUCUUCGGGCCCUGCAUUUUCAUUUAUGUGUGGCCUUUCAGUCGAUUCUCUGUGGACAAGCUCCUUUCCGUGUUUUAUACCAUUUUCACUCCACUAUUGAACCCACUUAUCUAUACCUUGAGGAAUAAGGAGAUGAAAACAGCUAUGAGGAAGUUGUGGAAAAGGCAUGUGACUUUCCAAUAA